AUGGCUCCCUCUAAGAAGAAUUCAUCUGCCGACUCGAAGCGCACAAUUAAUGAUGUCGAGUUCCUCCUCGGAGUGAUCAACGCCGUUAUGCAAGGUGCCAAGCCUACUAGUAGUAGCUGGAAAACGGUGUCGACCAACCUCAACAUCACCACAGGGGCCGCUUAUAUGCGCUUUUGCCGUAUUCAAAAGCGCUACCCUGGUUCUUAUGGCAAUUCGUUUAAGGCCGAUGAUGAGGUUCUUGACGAGGCCGAAGGUGAUGAAGCCAAUGAGACCAAGAGCUCAGGACUAGAUAUUGCUGAGGAGGUGUGA